AUGCUAUUCUUAUUGUUACUACCAUUACUUUCUUAUAGCUUGAAUACAAAAGUCAAAUGCAUCAUAGAUCCUUUGACUAAUGCUUGCGAUCAUUUAACUAUUUAUUUCAAUCCUACAUAUCCAAUAAGAAUCAAUUCACUAAUCUAAUUAACAUUGCCUUUCAUCAUUUAAGGUUAAGAAUAACUUCUUCUUACAUCUUUUGACGGUAUAAAUUAAUAAUAAUUAAGAGUCAACUGUUGCCUUAUUAACUUUAACAGGAAGUACACAUUUUACAGUGACUUAAAUAUUACCUGAAAAUUAAUGGUAUAAAUGUAAUUUAACAUUGACAACAGUCUUAUCUAAGAAAUAGAAAGGAAUCGGAUAAUUCUAAAUGAAUAUUGUAGUAUCAUAAAACUCAAACACUUUAAUUUUAGAAAAAGGUCCUUAAAUUCCUCUUACAUAUUCAGUCAUCAACUAAAUUUAUACUCCACCAUCUAUAAUUCCAAUACCAACAGUAUUUCCAUCCCCUUCAGGUACUUUGUGUGUAACUUCUGAUUGGGGAUUUGUUUUAAAUAAGAAUAUUGUCAGAUAGCAAUAAUCCAUGACUUUCACUCUCAGUUAUGAUGCGACCAAUGAUAGACUUGAUGUGAUCCUAACUAUGGUUGACUUAAAUAAUGGAUUCAUAUUUCAUAGAGAAUGUUAUUUUUCAGGACCUUAAGUAGAAAAAUUUACUACUGAAUGUACAUUGAAAUAAACAGGAUCGAAACUUAUAUUUCAAUUAAGGAGUCAAAAUUCAGUACUUUUAACAUAAUAAACUGAAUAUCUACUUGAAUUUUUUAUAUCUCAUUAAGGAGAUACAAUUGCAGCUAGCAAAUUUACUGUAGAAAUUUUUCAUGAUACUCAGUUGAUUGAUUAAUGCUCAUCAUCUAAAACAUUUUUAAUUGAUGAAACUGAUCUACCUGUUUCUUUAAAUUAAAUAACCGAAGUGGAAUUAUAUUUAGAUACACCUAGUAUUGGUGUACCAACAUUUAUGGGUGUGGCAUUUAGACCCAAAAAUAUAUAAAUAGAUACACUUAUUAAAAUUGAAUUAGGAUUCUUAAGUUAUGAUUAAUUAAAUUGUUAAGUAUUUUAACUUGAAAUAGAUACAUUUAUGCCUUCAUUGUCAUUUUCACAUUAUUCCUAUGAUUCUUAAAAUCUGUAUUUUUAUUCAAACAAAAAUAAACCUGAUCAAAUUUAAUAUAAAUAUAGUGUUAAUUGUACUGGAAUUACAAUAUUAUAGACUACUAAUAAAAUAUUUAGAGUUGUAUAUGAGGAUCUAUAUCAUACAAUAAUUUAAUAUUUUUAAACCAGAUAACCUUCAAGAUUACCGACUGAUUCUUAAAGUUAAUCAGCAUCCUUAAAAAUUGUGAAAAAUAUAGAUUUGAUAUCCAAGAAAUUUAAUAAUCCUUUAGUAAGUAGUAUAAUAACGAUUAAAAUUAUUCCUAUUUAUGGAAUUUAUAGAAUACUAAUAGAAUUUCCAUCUUCUUACACCACAAAUAUUAUUAAAUGUGUAAUAAAUGAAACAUCUUCUGUAUUUUGCAAUUAAGAUUCUCUUAAUCCAAAUAGAUUGAUAGUUUAUUUAACAAAGUAUCAUGAUAGUGAAUUAAUUAAAGAUCCAUUUAAUGUUACUAUUUAUGGAAUGAUUAACCCAUAUGAAUUAAAAUACAAUAGCCGAAUAUGUGUAAUGUUAGAUGAUGAUAAUAUAUUAACACCAUUAUUAUUUGGAAAUGAAAAUUAUUUAAAUGGUAUUACAUAAUAUGAAUAUCUUGAUGAUUAUAUAAAUACCAAUAUUUACAAAUAAUUACCAACUAGUGAUUUUAAAUUCUCCUAAUCUUUAGCUAGAGUUUAUGAUUUAUAUUUAAUAGGUAAUAUUACUUUUUCAAUGGGAAGUAUUAAUGAAAUAAAUAAAUUAUAUUUGCGUAUAUCAGAUUAAUAUACAAUAUAUGAUUUGAAUUGUUAACUAAUAAAAGUUGGGGAUUAGCAAUUAAAUAAUUAUAUUAGUUCAUGCAAUUAAAAUUACAAUUACAUAGAGAUGAAUUUAAUUACAGAUACAGGUAAUAUAAGAUUUAGUCAAUAAUAUUAUUUAAAUAUAUCAAAUUUCAGAACCUAAGAUUUAAUUUCAAUAGAAUAAUAUGCUGCUUUGUAGCCUAUGAUACAACUCUUUUUAGCUUAAGACGACAAUAUAAUAUCUUUAGAAAACUAAGUCAAUGGAUCAUUUGUAAUGAAAACUUAAAAAAUUCCAUUCUAUUGGUACAAUCGAAAUGCAGAUGGAGAAUUUAGUAGAUUAGAGGUGCAACCAGGAUUUGAGGAUACAAAAACAUACAAAAUAUAUCUUAAUCAUUUUGGGCUCUAAAGAUUGUAUUUAGGUUUAGCAGAUGUUUCUGAUAGAUUUAAUUGCACCAUUAACUUAUAAUUACCAACAAUUCAUGAAGAUAUUGUUGUAUUUGGUUAAAGCAGUAAAUAUGCCAAAUAAUCAUUUAGUAGUCAAGCUAUAACACAGCCUAAAUAUAUAGUCAAAUCAAUGACAGAUGAUACUUUCUAUGAAACAAUUAAAGAUACUGAAUUGGUAAUUAAUCCUGGAGAUAGUGGAUUUAUAUUUAAUAUUGCUUCAAAAUCAUUAAUUAAUAUUAAAAUUAGAGUGUAAAUAAAUUAUACUAUUUCAUUUCCUGGGCGUAAUUCAUGGAAUCCAAUUUAUUAUUAUAAUCCAUUUACUGAAAUUCCUGUAUUACAUUUAGAAAUUAUUAAUAAAGGCUGUGAACUAAUUCCACAAAAAUCUACAUAUGAUUUACCUGUAAAUGGUUAUACACAUCCCAUAAUAAUUGAUGCAUCUGAAUGUAUUCCUGUUGUUGAUACCAAACUCAAUGUUACAAUUUAAGACAACAAUAAAUUAUAAUUAGUUCCUAUUUAGAUGAGUAUUUCAAGAUAUAGAUUUGAACUAAUUACAAGAACAACUCGAAAAGCUCCUGAAUAUAGUUAUAUUUUUUAAAUCAAAGCUACUAAUGAAACUAUAUCAGGAAUAAUUACUUAAGUUUUAAUUAAUAAUAUUGCAAUCUCCAUUUCUGCAAUAUUAUAGUAUACAGAAUACCCAAAAGCAUCUCCCUUGAAGGGAUUAUACAGUUAAAGUUCAAACUCUAUUUCAUUAUCAAUGACAUGUUCUUAGCCUUCUGAAAUUUUACUUGUAAUCGGAAUCGAUGAAAUAACUGAUGAAUCAUUUGAAAAAUUAAGAUCUAAUUCCAUUUCUAAUGAACUUAUUGGAGAUUAUGAUUUAUUUAAAUUAUAACCUGAAAAUGCCACUUUGCAAUAGGAGAGCAGUUAUCUCUUUAAAUAUGAAAUAAUGCCUACAAAUUUGAUCAUGGAUAUCUAUAAUAACAGGAUAGGAAACUAAAUUACUUAUAAUGAUUAUGAUAUUGUAAGCUAAGUGAAUUAAUCUCAAAUCAAAGAUAAUUCUUAUAAAACAUUGAUGAAUUCUAUAAGGAGAAUGAUGAUUAAUAGGUUAAGUUUACUUGACAAAACAAGUCAACUUCAUUUAUAAAGGAUCUAAUCGAAAUUGAAUUAUUUUGAUACUACUGUAACUUUUGCUCUCUCCAAUUUGAAAUAAAAUACUAAAUAUUCUUUUGGAUAUUACUGUAAAAAUUUGAAUGGAAAUACAUCAGAAAUUUCAACCAAUUUUCAAUAUAUUGCUAAUGAAACCACUUUGAACAAUAAAACUGUAAGUAAAAUGUUAUAAUUGAAAUUUAAAUAAAAAAUUUCAUCUUAAUAGGAAAAUAACAUUCUCUGCGCUUUGGCAUAAUUUUUUUCAAUUAACUAUUAUUAAGUACUUUCUAGAGAAUGCAAAUAAUGUAGAUUUUAAAAUAUCCACUACGAUAAAAUAAAUUACACAUAAUAUUUACAAUUAGUAUAAGAUUUUGUUCCUUUUGAAAAUAGAUCUACAACAGAAAAAUAAAAAUAUCUAGAUAAUUUGUACACAAUGAAAAUUUAUUUUAAUAAUUAUCCUUCCUCCAAUGGUCAAAAUUUUGAUAUAACUUAAAAAAUUGAUAAAUCAAUUAACCUAACAAAUGAAACAAUUUUGAGUAUUAUUAAUGUCACAGAUGACUUUUCACUAACCUUCAAUUAUGAAACCUUUUCAUAUUAAGAAUUGAAGCCUGCUAAAAGAUCUAAUGUUGAAUUGGCAACAUAAUUAGUUCUACUAAAUUAUGAAUUUAAAACCAUUAGUUUGGAUAUUUCAAUUAAGGCCAAUCAAGAUGUACUUGGAAUUGUAGGAUUGCAUGUAAAAAUUACAAUUUAAACUUUAGAAAAUUGAACCAAUUUUUGAAAAUGUUAUUAAACAUCCUACUGGGAUCAUGCUUAGAAGAGGUAUAUUAAGUACUUUCAGUAAUAUAUCUGAAGGAGUCUAAUUUGCAGAAUUAAUAAAAAAUGAAAAUACAACUUUGACAUUUAAGGAUCUAAUAGAUGGUUAAAAGUAUGAUUUAAUAAUUAAUUAGGUAUUUAAUUUAUUACUCAUCUACUGACUUGUAAAAUGAUUGUUUAACAAAAUAAUAUUAAGAAACAGUUGUUUAAUAAAUAACUUUUGUUAGUUAGUAACAAAGUCGAGAAUCAAUUUUGCAUAUAAAUAUAGCUUUAAUACUACUUGUUAUUUUCUGCAUGAAAUGA